AAUGUUAAAUCAAGGGAGAGCUCUUUGGUAUGCCCUUAAAGUUGAAGAUUAUGAUUUGGUUGAAUUUCUUAUCAAUUAAAAGACUGAUAUCAGAUAAACAUAUGAAUUUGAACCUAAACGAUACUUAUCUACUGCAAGUGUAAAAAUACUCAAUCAUAAAUUUAAUAGUUGUUAACUCUUAGAGUUUGUUAGGCUCGUUCAAAGGGAUUGAAUAAUCAUCACUACAAAAGGAUGUAUUAAUUACUUGAUAAUUUUCUGUAAUAUGCAGAAGAAUGUGACAUUAGAUGUCAUUGUUCAAAGAACUAUGAACACAGAUGUCCACUCUAUAUAGCAUUAAAGACAUUAGGAGUUAAAAAGGAAGAAGAUAUGUUUAAUAAGAAAAAUGACAUAUUGAAGGCUUUACUAAUAAAAGGGGCUAAUUUAAAGAUUUUCUAAGGAUAGACUUCGAUAAUUGAUGUGGAAGGAUAUAGACAAUAUCUAAUAUAAAGAAUAUAAUUCUAAAAAACAAGUGGAUUUAAGUAAACAUAAGAUGGAUAUGCUACUUUUAGUCAAUGA